UUCACUUGCCAGCAAGCAACGGUCAAAAAAGUCUUGCACUGGAUACAGUAAUCGUGGGGGAGAAAUGGAUUACCCGCCCACCGGUCGCCGGACGACGCGCAAAGCCCCGAAGAAAUCGGAGAUUUACUCUACAGUCGUAGUCCAUGAUUCUGAAUCCGAACCAGAACCCGAAACCAAAACCCAAGAACACGAUGAUGAUAUCUAUGCUACAAUGGUCUAUAAAGGUGGAGGAUCUCAAAACGACAACGACGAAGAAGACGAAGACUCUCUCCCUCCUCUCCUUAAACGCCUACCUAAAGACUUCGGUGGUGGUUCUACUCUGGAUGACGACAUGGAGGAGGAUAAUAGUGCGGAUUUUGGAACGAUGAUUGUUAAAACUAGUAGGAAUCGACCUCCAACACAAUACUCGUCUUCAUUUUCAUCAAUGGCGUCAUCUGUAAGGAAACCUAGAAGCUUGCCAUUCACGGAUUAUAGUAAGAGAAUUGAUGUAGGAGAUGAUAGUGAUGGUGGCGAUGAUGGACAGGAGUUUGGCACUUUUGUAGUGAAGCCGACAGUGAGUGGGACUGUGUUGAGGAAGACUGGGGGAUUGGAAGCUGGAUCGACGAUGGGGAGGGCAGUGGCCAGCAUGCAGGCGGUGGGGGAGUUAGGAUUCGGAAAGCAGAGAAAAGGCAGUGGAUCUCUCUCUUCGAUGGGAGAAGAGGGCAAGCAUCAGCAGCAGCUGAGUAAAAUGUCAUCGAGUUCAAUUCCGGAGAGUGUUACCAGGGAAGAUCCUACUACGAAGUAUGAAUUGCUUAAUGAACUUGGGAAAGGGUCUUAUGGUGCAGUUUACAAGGCAAGGGAUUUACGAACCUCAGAGCUUGUUGCCAUCAAAGUUAUAUCAUUAACUGAGGGGGAGGAGGGCUAUGAAGAAAUUCGUGGUGAAAUCGAGAUGUUGCAACAAUGCAGCCAUCCAAAUGUUGUUCGAUAUUUGGGAAGCUAUCAAGGUGAAGAGUAUCUUUGGAUAGUUAUGGAGUACUGUGGUGGUGGAAGUGUUGCUGAUUUAAUGAAUGUCACUGAGGAGCCUUUAGAGGAGUAUCAAAUAGCAUAUAUUUGCAGAGAAGCAUUAAAGGGCCUUGCCUAUUUGCAUUCCAUUUUCAAGGUCCAUAGAGAUAUUAAGGGUGGUAAUAUUUUGUUAACUGAGCAAGGGGAGGUCAAGUUGGGUGAUUUUGGGGUUGCAGCACAGCUUACAAGGACCAUGUCAAAGCGCAAUACGUUCAUUGGCACUCCACAUUGGAUGGCUCCAGAAGUUAUUCAGGAAAGCCGUUAUGAUGGAAAGGUGGAUGUAUGGGCUCUUGGUGUUUCUGCAAUUGAAAUGGCUGAGGGACUUCCUCCAAGAUCAACGGUACAUCCAAUGAGGGUUUUAUUCAUGAUAUCCAUUGAGCCAGCUCCAAUGCUGGAGGACAAAGAAAAAUGGUCUCUUGUGUUUCAUGAUUUUGUUGCAAAGUGCCUUACCAAGGAGCCUCGUUUACGUCCAACUGCAUCUGAGAUGCUGAAGCACAAGUUUAUUGAAAAAUGCAAAUAUGGAGCCUCAGCAAUGUUGCCAAAAGUUGAAAAGGCCAGGCAAAUUAGGGCUUCAAUGGCUCUGCAAGCACAAAAUCUUGUUCCAGUUGCAUCAGAAUCACCAGAAGGUCCAAAACUGAAUGAGGAUUAUGGAGAUACGGUUCCAUCUAAGCGACCUCAGAUGGCAGAUGAAAUACCCACCUCUACGGAUGGCAUGGAACUGGCAGGAGAAGUAGACUUUGGAACUGUAGUGAUUCAUGGCGGAGAGGAGAUGGACAAGACAGCUACUCAGACUGCUUUUAAUGAUGCUAGAGAGUUGUCACAGGAUCUAGGACAUGUUGAAACCCCAUCCACUAGUGGCACGGGGGGCAAAUCAGCUGACUCCUGGGCGGAUAAUCCAAGAGUUGAUGCUGCGAAGGACGUUUUGUUUGGAGAAUCACAUCCUGUAUUACACACUAUAAGGGCAACCCCAUCACAAUCUGGCUCUCCUAUGCAUUAUCUCAGGAAGGGUAGCAUAUCUAGGACUAUGGACACACCGACUUUUAUGAAUGAAACUGUCAGCAGAAAAGCUUUUGCAUUGCAAGACAAGCUUUGGUCCAUAUAUGCAGCUGGUAAUACAGUACCUAUACCAUUCUUGAAGGCAACCGAUAUAUCUCCAAUUGCUCUCUUGUCAGACAAUGUGCUUGGAGGUGUGCAGUGGGAUAAUAACGAAACUCUACUGCAAGACCUUUUUACCGGUGAUGGACUGUCUAAGAAGGGUCGAAGGGUGCAAAAUGAGAUGCCCCUUCCUCCAAGCGUGUACGAAAGAUUAAGCACAAGUUCUACACUGCUGAAUCUAGCACGGGCGUUGGCCUAUCACAAAAUGUGUUACGAAGAUAUGCCUCUCCAAGAAUUGCAAGCAACGCAAGAACAACAGACCAUUCAAAAUCUGUGUGAUACACUUCGAACUAUCCUCCGCUUGUAAAUUGUUUGAAAACAAUCAGAAAGCGAAGACUGAAAGUGAGAGAGCAGUAUUCUUUUGCUUUUCUUUGGCUUUCAGAAACCCAAACUUUGGGCAUCAAAUUUGUAGUUAAAGCUGUUGUAAGCUUUCUGGUCUACAGCGCUUACUGUUUAUAUUAGAUCUUAAAGAACAAUAAUAAUAUUUAUUAGAUCUUAAAGAAGAAUAAUAAUAUUUAGUCAUUCACGUCAUAA